GGACAAUGCGCAUUUCAUUUCUGAACUUCUGCUCUGAACCGCCGAAAUUCAAAUCUUCCAUCAAUUUAAACGUGCUCGUAUUAAUUUAAUUCGGCAGAAUUGAUUAUUUCUACGACGGAAUCUUCUUGUCGCGAAGAGAUAUCUAUCUUUGAAAGAGAAUUCUAGCAUUAUUAGCUGACGAGAAGUUGCAGAAGACGAAAUAAUAAACUUAUAAUAAUAAUUAUAUGGAUACGAAUUAUUGAUCAAACGUACUCUUGUUGAAAGAGGGAUGUAGGGAUACCGUUGCUAAACGAUAAUUCUUAAUUAAAAUCUGACGUGAAAAUGCUUUGAGUUCUCUUGAAAAUAAUGGCAGAUCAAAUGGAAUACAUAAUACCGCCGUGGGAUAUCGAAACCUACGUGCAGAAUUUAAAUGUUUCAGAUCUCAAAAAUGUCGGUAUGAAAAGCUGGUUGGAUUUCCACAGAAGACUAACGUUGUUAAAUCAACAAAGCGUGCUCGAGAUAACGGAGCUACGAGAGGAGAGCGUCGUGGACUGGUUUAUUUCGUUAAAAAAAAUUCCAAUUCUUGUGUACGAAGCUAUACAAAUUAACAUAUGGAAGCAUAAAGUUUUUCCACUUUUGAUUGACCUUAAUGGCGAGCCGACCAAUACGUUCAUGUUGUUCAGCGUAUUUUAUCAUGAAGUUAUCGUGAUUUCAUUAUUGGAAAAUAUAUUGUUUCAUUGUGAGAGCGCGCAAACGUUGGAUGACACGGUGAUUGAUCUCAUCGAUUAUACUGUUCAACGUGUGAUGAUACUUCUUGAUGGAAAAACUGUAGAAAUAUAUGAAAGAUCCGAAAUCAAAGACGCUAAUUCUUGCUUGGAAGAAAUAGUGGAGAAGCAAAAGGCAUUCGAAUUUGAUAUUGCGAUACGCUGUAUCUCAAUUCUUCAUUAUCUAAUACAAAUGUUGGAUAGUUUACCGCUUUGUGCAGUUUCGCGUAUGCUGGUCGUACACGACAUUCCAUACUUAUUCGUGCAGCUAAUAGAAAAUCAACCGUGGAAAAAGCAAGAUGAGGAUGGGUAUCUUCAUAUAGGCGAGAUGUUAACGUACGAGACUGGCUGGAGAAAAAUAAAAGCAAGUGAAAAUGGAAAAAUUAAUAAAAGAGAAGGACAAGUAUGGUUUGGUUUAAGAGAAUUACUUCUUAAUCCAAAAUGUUCUCCGUACUAUGAAAUCACGGAGCACAGUCUGUCUCAGCUAUCCAAG